AUGGCCGGUGGAAUGACCGUCGAAAUAGAGUCUCUUGUGGGUGAUCAGGCUAAACGGCGUUGGUCGGGUGGCGCCGAUAGCACGCCCCGAAACCAUCACGCUUAUGCACUGCGUCUAAAACAAAUACAUCUCUCUCUCUCUCUUUCGCUCUUUCUCUCUCUUUCGCUCUUUCUCUCUUUCUCCUUCCCCCUUCAUACUCAUUUAACACUAAUUCUCUUCGGCUUCCCUUCUCUUUCCCGCCUUUUCCACAGUUUUCUCUCUCUUUCCCUCCACCCCUCUCUAAUAUUUUCACCCCCUAUCUAUCUAUCUAUCUAUCUAUCUAUCUAUCUAUCUAUCUAUCUACCUAUCUAUCUCUUCUACCUAACUUUCUUUCUUUUCUGCUUUUUCCUUCUGUAUUUGUCUACCUCUAUUCUGUUCUCUUUUCAAUUCACCUUUUCUCUUGUGAAAUCGUACCGUAUGGCCGAAUCCACUUCUCCCCAAUCUCUUCCUCUAUAUCUAUCUAUCUAUCUAUCUAUCUAUCUAUCUAUCUAUCUAUCUGCGUGUGAUGCAAGAACAACUAAUAUAUGUACGAAUUCAUAUGCAAGCGCGUAUCUCAACAAACGGUGA